AUGCAAUCACAAUCGGGUCCAACAGUUCCUGUUAGCCACGAUGUGAUAUGUUCUUGGUUAUGGCGAUAUUUAAACAAAAUAAAGGUCGUUGUUAUUGUUGAUGUCGUUGUUGAUGUCGUUGUUGUUAUUGUGGUUGUUGUGGUUGAUGGAGAUGUUGUGGUUGAUGGGGUUGUUGUGGUUGAUGGGGAUGUUGUGGUUGAUGGGGUUGUUGUGGUUGAUGGGGUUGUUGUGGUUGAUGGGGAUGUUGUGGUUGAUGGGGAUGUUGUGGUUGAUGGGGAUGUUGUGGUUGAUGGGGUUGCUGUGGUUGAUGGGGUUGUUGUGGUUGAUGGGGUUGUUGUGGUUGAUGGGGUUGUUGUGGUUGAUGGGGAUGUUGUGGUUGAUGGGGUUGUUGUGGUUGAUGGGGUUGAUGGGAUUGUUGUGGUUGAUGGGGUUGUUGUGGUUGAUGGGGUUGUUGUGGUUGAUGGGGAUGUUGUGGUUGAUGGGGUUGUUGUGGUUGAUGGGGUUGUUGUGGUUGUUGGGGUUGAUGGGGAUGUUGUGGUUGAUGGGGUUGUUGUGGUUGAUGGGGUUGAUGGGGUUGUUGUGGUUGAUGGGGAUGUUGUGGUUGAUGGGGUUGAUGGGGUUGUUGUGGUUGAUGGGGAUGUUGUGGUUGAUGGGGUUGUUGUGGUUGAUGGGGAUGUUGUGGUUGAUGGGGAUGUUGUGGUUGAUGGGGUUGUUGUGGUUGAUGGGGUUGUUGUGGUUGAUGGGGUUGUUGUGGUUGAUGGGGUUGUUGUGGUUGAUGGGGUGAUGGGGUUGUUGUGA